GUUUUACUGAUGCUUAUUUUGCGUCGUAAGGUUCUCUUCUUUGGUCGCGUUUAAUCUCAACAAAAAUCUUGCCGAAAGCCAUCUCAAAACAAGACUCGCAAUUGAAAUUAMAAAAUCUUGUGAAACCGUCCCUCGGAUUCCGCUCCUCUCACAACCCCAAUCAAACGAACUCCGAAAGGACCGAUAUGUUCCAACGCUUUUUUGUCUAAUAGCACACAGGUCGCAAUAUAUAUUUUCCAUCGUGAUACUCGGGAUACGAAGACAGAACUACAAUGAAAUUAUACGAUCUUUUCCUCUUUGCAGCCCUUCAUUUGUUGCCGAUCCAAGUACGAGCCGGAACUACAGCCACAACGACAACGCAAACUAGAAGAUUAAGAGGGAAACCGGCAAUUCAUACUCGAACAGUUCAUAGUCACGACAAUAAAAACGGUGAAAAUGAGAAACAUGAGAGCUUGUUGGAUCCGCGCCCGCAGAAUACAAUGACGAGGCAAAACGUCGACACGGAGCUGAUUGAUGAACAAGAAGAAACGCCACAAGAAGCUCAAAGAAAAAUGAGAAACGACAAAAAACUUUAUGCAUUACCUGCGGGAAAUCUGAGUCGGAAUUUCAACGCUACGUUGUACAAAGAACUAAUCAACGCUCCCUUCGAAAUUUAUGAGUCUGCAUUUGGUGUUGGUAAAGAAGAAAGAGAGGAAUCAUUCCCUGUUUUCAUUGUUCCAGAUUGGCGAUCGGACAACACAGGCAUAUUUUCUGCUUUUUCGAGGACAGCAACACCUCUCACUUUCCAAAACAUGCAAACUUUGCUCUCCUGGGACGAAAUUGUCGACGCCAGCACUGGAGCCGAAGAAGAGCUCCUGAGUUUCAUGUCUCUCAACAACUUUCACGCAUCUCUUUUCAUCGGGAAAACACUCGGAGAUGCUGCGUCGCAUACACCAUUCCUCGGUCUUAUUGUAUCGUACCAUCAGCACUCGCAGAAGAACAUUCUAGUUCCAUUCGCUAAGCUGGACCAUUUUUUUCACGAUAGCUCCGAAAAACAUUUGCUCGUCGAGUCGCAAGUCAAGGUCGAUCAUGACCUUUUGCACGAAAUACUUGACAGUGAACGAGCAUUCAACACAACAAACUCAUUCUUCCACCCGGAAAUCAUUGCCGAAACACAUAAGAAUAACAAAAGAGAGCAACUAGAAGACGUCGAAGCUCUUCACUUCAGACGUCUCUUCCAGCUUCUGAUCCGACGGACUUUUCUGUUUUCUUAUGGAUAUGCUGAUUGUCUGAUGGUAGAGCCCCACAAUCUUCGAACUUGUCUAGACGAUACCUUUUCCCUUGUGGUUCAGAUGGAAGCUUCUAUUCGGGACGCUAUUGACGAUCAAUUAUUAAAGGACUUGGAGGCUGUCACCCAAAUAGAGAACUCUUCCAGGUACCGAGAGGCCUGUGUUUUGGUAGAUAUGUACGGCACGAGGGCGUGCUCAGAUUCUCCGAACAGCAAUGUUCGGGGCUUGGGAAGAACUGCGUAUUCUUCUCUUUCUUCCACCUUCCUGUGAUAGACGAAGCAAGGUGAUAUCGCUAAUUAUAGAUUCUGUACUGUAAAAUAGACUUUUAAAUUUACU